CAACCCUAACCCUAACGCCCGUGCCUACUUUGCUCCCUUGCGUCGGUAUUGAAGUCGUCCCGCCGCCGCCCGACACCCCAUCCCCGCCUCCCGCCGCCACCCUCCCCAUCUCGCGGCGACCUCAUUCUCCGGCUAACAGUCGCGGUCUUCUCCCGUCUCCCCUCCCUAACCAUCACCGUGCCUCGCGUGCUGUAUCUCCGGCGAGCCCGCUCCUGCACCUCGCCCUCUUUCCACGUCUCCGGCGGCGGUCCUCCCGCCGCCGCGCACUCACCCUGGGUUACCUCUCCAGCGUUCCUAUGAGGUUGGGUUCUGGUAACCCUAACCCCUCCUCUGGAGUUCUAAUGCUUUCCGUCGCCGGAGAUGAAGAAUAAUGGCCGAUGCCAUCGCUGAUUAAAGGAUAUCGGCAAUUCUAUGUUUGGAGGAAUUUUGUAACAUCAUAAUCGGGAAAAAUUUUGGCAAAAGAUUGGGAUCAACUUUUGAUUCCUCUCUCAGUGAAAGAGGGAGGAGUGUUUUUUGGAUUGGCAAUUCUAUGAUUGGAGGAAUAUUAGUAACUUCAUAAUUGGGAGAUUUGUUCACAAGAGAGUAAGGGAAACUUUGGAUUCUUCUCUUAUAGAGAGAGGGAGGAGUGUCUUCCAGAGGCUUGGAUUGGCACUGAUGAUGAACCGGAGGUUUCUGUAUCUAUUGCGAGACAGCGUCAGUCAUCGAUUGGGGGACAGCAUCAGUCAGUUGCAGAGCAACUUUGCACUGCACCGCAUCAACAUGUCUGGCUUGUUCUAUCCAACGAGGCCACCACCAAACAGACCCACAGGUGCCGCAGAUGCAGGGCGCACGACGGCGGCCGGCAGAUCACCAAACACCACAGUUACAGUCGAGGAUGCUCGGCUGCCCCGGCCUCUGAUCACCUUCCAGUCCCCCUCGUCAUACAGCAGUCUCGGAUGCAUGGGGUUCAUGCUCUUCAGCAGCGCCCGCGGCGGCAAGGACCAGAUCGUCGGCAUCGACCAGUGGGGCAACACGCUCCUGUACAGCACGGACUUGCAUUUCAUCCGGGUCAUGCCCACCCUGAAGCAGCGAAAGAGGAUGCCUAUCUCCCUCGUCGUUGGCGACAGCCUCUACACCAUGGACACCUUCCCUCGGCCAUCUGACGCCAAAUGCUUCGAGGUCCUCACUCACUGCCCCACCUCUAGCAAUCUGUUCAGCAAGCUUGACUGGCAGACUCUGCCGCCGCCGCCGUUUGUAUUUGAACCAUUCCCCGAGCUGCCAAAAAGAUAUAUCAGGUCCUACACGGUGGUACGACACUCGGACAUCCUUGUAUCUGUCGAGGACGUCGGAACCUAUUCCUUUGAUACAGUGAGUCGCGCGUGGAGGAAGACCGGUGACUGGGUGUUGCCAUUCUCCGGCCGUGCUGAGUACAUCCCAGAGUAUGAUCUCUGGUUCGGCCUCUCAUCAUAUGCUGACAACAACCUGCUGUGCACGUCAGACCUGUCAGCGGCCUCGGUGCUCAAGCCGCCAACUCUGCGCCACAUCUGGGAGGACGAGCUCAGACCCCCUGAGGAUUGGGUCCGAGGAUGGGCCUACGCGGUGCACCUAGGGUCUGGCAAGUUUUGCAUCGCCAGGUUCUUCGAAACGCCGGAGGAAGAACCGUGUGAAGAUCCUCUUAAUGAAAAACGCACUCAGGCGCGGUCGCUAAAAAAGAAAAAAGAACCGUGUGAAGAUGGCUCGGCCUUCAUCCGCUGGGGACGUGAGAGAUUUGCCGUGCUCACCGGCGUGGAGGUGGAGCGCUGUGGCGAGGCUGGUGGAGGGCUCAGGAUGAUCACACACAGGUCCAAACGUUACAGGUUGGCGAAUAGUAUGUUGCUCGACUUGGUACUCUGAGUAUCUGAUUUCCUUCCUCUAGCCCGGUUAGAGCUGAAAUAAUCAUCUCAGGAAUCAGGACCGAUCCAUCUUUGUGUCCAUUUUUUAUCUCGUGUUAAAUGCUUGCCUGAUUGGUAUCCGAGGAGUCUCCAAGUAAUUAGCGAUGCUCAACCUCUGUUAUUCCCCGAAUUCUGCUGUGUAUUUGGGAACUCUGGCGAUCAUCAGUAAAAGCCUACUAUUUCUCAUUA